GGAAGGGGCCGGAGACGAAGCCGGAGAUGACGCACGAGCUGCUGAACAAAGCGCAAAGCAGCACGCAUUCAACAUACUGCUGACAGUUUCGUCGCGAUGUUGGUCGCUGUCACGGAGACCCGGCAUGACACGGCGUCCGGGUCCCGAAAGCCUCUUCGCAGCGCGUGCUUCCAGCCCCGUCGCGGCGGCGGGCCGACUCGAUGGGAGAGGGCGAAAAUCGCGCGUCGCACGAUUUCACCAAUGGGCGACGGCGACGAGCUGCCAGUCAGGGCCCCGCCCCUGCGCGCUGGCCACGCCACUCGGAAAGUUUCCCGUCGGCGGCAGUGGUGUUUGCUCGCAGGUCGCGACGCGAGCCGCUUUCCUGCCACUUGGUCGGUGCGACCGCCCGAGUACGUUCGUCUAGUCAGCGAGCAGCAGCCGUCGAGGCCGGUUGGAUGCGAGCGCUGUCCGCGACGGCCUCGUGGAUGUGCGGAGGGAGCAUGCCGCAGCACCGCGAGAAUAAUCGAGUCCGGCCCGCGGACGAGCACGCAGCGCAGCACCACCCAGCAGCGAUGGAGGCGUGCUGCGUGCCGACCGGCUGUCACCUGGCCGAGCCGAUGGACGAGCUGAGCAACGCCGUGAAGGUGAUCUGCAACAACGAGCAGUGCCCGCAGAGCCCGUUCAUGCACCGCGCCUGCUUCGAGGAGUGGGAGAGCUCGGUGCUGUCGUUCCUGCGCUCGACGGGACGCGCUCGCUCGUGGAGCGAGAAACAGCGCCUGCAGAAUCUGUGGACCAAGAAAGGCUACGACUUGGCCUACAAGGCGUGCGGUUGCCGCUGCGGCAAGGGCCACCUGCGCAAGGACCUCGACUGGAUUCCGCCGGUGGCCGACCGCAAGAAGAAGCAGCGACGCAAGAAGGGCAACGACAAGCCCACGCUGGCCCUGAACGGCGCCAAGCCGAGCAGCGGAGCCCUGCCCGUGGCGCGGCUACGCAGCUCGAGCAUGUCGAGCACCGGCUCCGGGGGCAGCCCGCCGAGCUCGUCGUCCGAGUUCCCGCCGUCGCCGACGCACGCCAAGCGCGUCGUGGCCGACCGCGAGGGCCUGUUCUCGCGUCGCCAGGACUACUCGUCCUUCAACACGCUGCCGCGGCACAAGAUCAACGCGUACCACAUCAAGAUGGAAGACGAAGGCGACGACAUCCGUUGCUUCAUUCUGAGCACGCUGAGCGCCAACAAGAUGUCGCGCAUCCCCUGCAUCGUGUGCCAGGCGGCGAUGAGCGUGUUCGACCGCUACCCGCUGGUCGACGGUACGCUGUUCCUCUCGCCGCGCCAGCACAACCCGGGCUCCGUGCUGGUGCGCGUCGAGGAGCGGCCCCAGUACCUGAACGCCGUGUGCAUGACCUGCCUCGAAGGCUGGCAGGUGCGGCUCGCCUGCCGCGGCUGCGGCGCGCGCUGGAGCGGCCGCCACCUCAUCCUGGGCACCAUGUACGCGUACGACAUAUUCGCGGCCACGCCGUGCUGCGACGAGCGGCUGCGCUGCACCAGCUGCCGCGAGCCCGUCAUCAGCGCCGACCGGUCGCUGCCCUACUUCAGCGACUACAGCCACAGCAUCGGCUGCGCCCACUGCGGCGCCAGAGACUACCACUUCGUCAAGUCGCUCGGCACGUACGCCAGGGUAUGAACGGCUCCGAGGUCUGUUUUGUUUUCACAGUUUAUGCUUAGCUUGCUGUUCCUCCCCGAUUUUUUUUUUUUCUCGCCACGGUUGCGAAUCCCGGUGCUGUUGUGUGUACUCGCCAAGGGCCAGCCAAACAAUCCUUCGCCUCACUUGUGUCGUUUCAACGGAAAGCGAUGUGCCCGGUUUUGGACAAGUACAAAAGAUAUCAUUCAUCACUCCUGACAGCAUCAUGCCAUCUCUUGAGUGUUUGUUGCUGCUGUGUUCUCUUUGUCGUGUGUACAUAGCGUUUCGAAUGCAAAGCGCGUCGGUUGGCCAUCAGUGCACGUGUGAUGAUUCUUGGCUGCUCACCUCGCUCCAUCAAACGCACAAAUAUCAGACAUCGCGGGCAGCAUGUGAGCCAGCCUGCACAGUGUCAGUCCAAGUGUGUCGACCCGCUCGAUGCUUCCUCGCUAGCCAUGCUUUGGCUACUGUGUCAGCAGCCGUCGCGCUCAACGCACGGAGCGAUCCAGCCAAGCUAGCUGGGGUGUGUAGCACUGAUUGCAAGGUUGACCUGUCGAAGGGGCUGUUGUGUCGUAUUGCAAUUGACUAGUAAACGUCACCAGAGAAACAUUGGAGAACGCGUUUCCGAAACGCCUCGCGAUAGUGCGAUCAUUCCUCUGGCCCUGUGUUGCCACUUGUGCUGCAUGUGUUGUGCUCUGACUCGGGGUUUGUAAAACUGUUCCGGUUUACGGGCGUAUAGUUGUAACUGCGGUUCACAAGGGAUAAUUAUGCAAUAAAAAUAUAUAUAUUUUUCGCGCGUGAAUCCAAAAGCGGAACGUCGCUACUCGAGGCUAAGUGUUCAUUGGUGCUGCUAGCACGGUUCGUGAUAUUUGUGCGCAAAUGUCUGCGGAGUGAAAAAGCAAUUCACGUCUUACCCCUGAUUGUGUUAGAAAGGCAUCAACGAAUGUUGCGUACGGCCGGUUUGCGAUGCAUUGUUCCUUCUGGUCAGUCGCUCCCUUGCGCUGUGAACACGUCAGCUCCGGAUUACAUACACUUCGCACGUACUCUUUCAAGUGAAGGAGAGGUAAACCGUAAGCUUUCUGUUUGUUUUUAAGUUUUAACGGCCACGCGAGUUGUCAAGCGUGUGCUGUUAUCUGUUGUUAAACUUGUAUCCCCUAUCUGUCAGUGUGUGUGUGUGUGUGUGUGUAUUGUCACUGUUGCUCGUGUUUUCCGAAGUGCAUCCACACGUCUCAUUUCCCGCCCUGUUUGUAAAGUGUGAGAGAGACCUUUCGCACUCUUUUCUAAACGCCAAACAUCUGUUUCGAACCCUUUUGUGAUUGCGAGGAAACAUGCGCCGAUGUAAGUGUGCGGGCACAGCCUCUCUGCCGUCGUUGCGCGAAAUGUCUUUGCAAAACGAUCUGUGGUGGAUUAGACAACGGUACUUAAUUGCGGCUGGAAUCGUUCCCCUUCCCAGGGUUCAAACGCUGCCAUUAGGCGCAAGAGACGCACUGCCUCGUUCACACUUCUUGUCUAUGCUGGCCUCUCUGCGAGCUAGCAACUGCGUCUUGUCUAUGGAAAGGCAUUCCGGCAGCUAUAGAGUAAAUUCCACUUUAUUUUUUUUUCCUCGCGAGGGGCCAGUCGUGGGAGCAUAAAUUGUUUGCCCAAUAAAACCAUGCCCUGAUGUUUGCAA